GGUCUUAUUCAUGCCCUUGACGACAAGGAUCGACACACUUCAGUCAGAGCUGGACAGCUUCUUGGGCUUCUUGCUUAUCAGGUUGGCGAAAAUUUUGAUUGCCUUACUUGUAAACGCCUCUUCUUUCCCCCACAUAAUCUGGCAUGGAUCCGGUGGGAUCAUAUUUGUCUAUUUUUUACCCACUUUCUCCAUCUGUCCGCUGGAUAGUUCCGUCAUCUAA